AUGGUUGACAGACUUGACGAUCGGAUUCUAAUGCCUAAGGGAAAGAGAAAGAGUGUUCAAUGUAGUCCAGCCCAGAAUGCAGCCUCCUCAGUGAAAACACCUCUUGAACUGAAGCGUUCAAAACUUUCAAAAGAGACACUUGAUGAAUGGUACACAAAUUAUAAGGAUUUCCUGAUCAGUAAAGGUUUUCUGGAAAAACCAGGUUGUAUUUGGAAUGCGGAUGAAACUGGCUUCAACAUGGGUGCAAACAAGAGCAAAGUUAUAGGUCCAUCCCGUAAGGAUAUUCCUGUGCCUCAGAUAAGUGCUGGAAAGCAACGUCUAACUGUGAUGUACUGUGGCAAUGCUUCAGGACAAAUGAUGCCACUAGUUUUUGUUUUUCCUGAGCCCAAGCCUAGAGCAUAUGACCCAUUAAAUGGAGCUCCAGAAGGAAGUUAUAUUGCCUAUACGAAGAAAGGCUGGAUGGACGGCACAACAUUUUCAAAGUUCAUUGAUCACUUCGAUAAAUUUGCCGUUGUUGAGCGACCUGUUGUGUUACUAUUAGACAGUGUUGGAAGUCACAUUAGCCAAGAAGUGUUUGUGAAAGCAAAGGAAAAGAACAUUGAGCUGUAUCGCAUUGUCCCCAAUGCGACACAUUUGAUGCAACCCUUGGACAAAGGUGUAUCGGUCCUUUGA